AUGGACCCCCCUUCCCUGCAGCUGGCCUUUCUAGGCCACGCCCACCGCGCUGCUGUGCGCUGCUGCUGCGUGCUGCCUGGCGGUUUGCUGCUGACGGGUUCCUUGGACUCCACUGUGGUUGUGUGGCAGGAGCAGGAGGCGCAAGAGCAGCAGCAGCAGCAGCAGCAGCAGCAGCAGCCGAGUGCUUCCUCCCCGCCCAGCAGCAGCAGCAGCAGCAGCUGCGUGGGGUGUAUGUACACCCCACACAAAACCCUGCAGCACCACAAUGACUUCGUGCUUUGUCUUUCUCCUUCACUUUCUCUUUCUCUUCAGUUUUACUCGGGCAGCAAAGACCAAACCCUUUGCAGGGUUCACGCCCAAACGGGAGUGGUGGAGAUGAAGUACCGCGGCCACAAAAGCCCCGUGUGCUCGGUAGCAGAACAUAAGGAACUGGUGGCUUCUGGAGAUUGGGCGGGAGAGGCGAGGGUUGUGGGGCUGGUUCUUGCUGCAGUGUGCGUGUGCUGGGUGGGAGCCUCGCUGGUGACUGGGUCUCAGUCGCGUUAUCUUUGCGUUUGGAAUGAAGAGGGAAAGGCAACUCUUUCAGUUGAAGGUGCCGCCUUUUGGUUUUCUUUGCAAGUCUCUUGUUCUUUGCAGGCGCCCAUGAAGACAUCAUCCGCUGCGUCGCCGCGCUGCCGCCCUCCAGCAGCAGCAGCAGCAGCAGCAGCAGCAGCAGCAGCAGCAGCAGCAGCAGCAGCAGCAGCAGCAGCAGAGCAGCAGCAGCAGCAGCAGCAGCAGCAGCAGCAGCAGCAGCAGCAGCAGCAGCAGCAGCAGCAGCAGCAGAGCCAGGCUGGCGACGACGGCCUUUGCUGCCUUUGGCAAAUUUCCGAUGCAGCGAAUCCCUCGAUUUCUUUGCUGCAGAAGCUGCAGCAUCCCGCAACUGUCUGGCAGGCUGUGGAGCUGCCCAAAGGCGAUGUAGCCACGGCCUGCGAAGACGGGCGGCUGCGGAUAUGGACAGCAGACAAGGAACGGGCGCUGCCUGCCGAUGUCGUCGCCGCAGCGAAUGCGGCGGCUAGAGAUGUUGCUUCAUCUGAAGCAGAAGAAAAGGGAGAAGCUUUGGAUUUGAAUAAGCUGCCAACUGAGGCGGAGCUUAGGAAGCGUCAAGGCACCAAAGACGGCGAACUAGUGGUCUGUAGGAGGGGCGACGAGGCUGUGGUGCUGAGCUGGCAGCAGCAGCAGCAGCAAUGGGACUUUGUGGGGCACGCACUGAACCCUCUCACCAACCGGAUGGGGGCCCCUAAGGGGGGCCCCAAGACCUUCUUCCCCGGGGACCAAUUCUUUGAUGAAGGUUCCUACGACUUCGUGUUCAAUGUGGAACUUGGAGAAGACGGCGAGUACAAGAAGCUGCCCUUCAACCGUGGUGACAACCCCUUGGUUUCUGCUGAGAAGUUUGCUGCUCGCGAGGGGCUACACAAGUCUUAUUUGUCUCAAAUUGUUUCCUUUAUAAAUGCCAACAGUGGGGGCCCUGGGGGCUCCUCUGGAGCCCCAGCAGCAGCAGCUGCUGCUCCCCGGCCAAGCGCAGCAGCAGCAGCAGCCCCCAGCACCAGCAACGGCAGCAGCAGCAGCAGCAGGCAGCAGAAACAUAUUCCCGUUCUGCAGUGUGUCUCCUUUUCUAAAGCCAAUGUAGAGGGGCUGAAGAAGGGUCUGCUGGAGGCCCAGCAGACACUCAAGCAGCAGGGGCAUCAGGCGCGGCUGUCGGAGCUGGACGAGAGUUACCUUGCCGCUGCGCUCGAGAAGCUGCACAGCAGCAACUAUUUGAAGGAGAACUUCAGGGCAAGCGAGAUACACGUAAUGAUGCAGCAGCUAGCUCUCUUCCCCGCCAGUCUGCAGCUGCCAGUCUUCGACUUGUGGCGGCUGUUUUGUCUUCAUCCUCAAUAUUCUCUAUCUUUUAAAAACUCAACAAACAGCGGCUGGGACUUCGUUUCGCUGGCACUGCAGCGAGUCAAAGAGACGUGUGCUGCAGCAACAGAGCAACAGCAGCAGCAACAUGGUGCAGGCUUAGUCCUUUGCUGCCUGCGCUACCUGGCGAAUCUCUUGAUGCUGCCAACAAACAGAGCAGUCAUGCUGCAGCACGCGCAGCAGGUCCUCGCUGCUGUCAAAGUUGCUGCUGCUUCUCUUUCUCUUUUCCACUCGCGGCCCUGCCGCCAGGCGCUUUGCUGCGUGCUUUUGAACUUUGCUGUUUCCUGCCACUGCUUGGGUUCUUCUUCGCUCUCUCAAGACCACAAGACCCAGCUGUGCCAGUUAAUAAUGGAGGUUAUGCAAACGGAGACAGAUCCGCCGCUUUUCUAUCAUCUUGUCGUAGCUGCUGGGACCCUCCUUAGCGACACUCAGACGCGGCAGCAGCUGCGGCCGCUGCUGCAGCAGCUGCAGCAGCUGCUGCCGCCACUCAACGAGCGCGUACACCCUGAUGUCCCCCUCGGAGAGGCAGCGCAGGAGGUACUCAACCUCAUUGGGCCAGUGCAUGUUGCUGCAGCCGCACAAGAUGCAGCUGCAGCUGUGGGCAGCAGUAGCGAAUAA